AUGGCCUCAGUGUCAAAGACAAAUAUGAAUGUUAAAUACAAAGAAAACAUGCUUGAUUUAGUUAAAACAUUAAUAGAGUACAUGGAAUUAGAACAUAUUUCACUGACUGUUGAAUUAAACAAUACGUUACCGGUUUAUUUAUGGAAUAAAAUGGAUCAUAUUUGCUUUAUAAUAAAUCAGAAAUUCAAUACAAAUUAUAAAGCUCAAGAACUAUCAUUUGUUUUGUCAUUAUUACAAAACCCACUGCUGGCAAAACUAAACUCAAAUACUGAUGUUCAAGAAACAUUAGAAAAUUAUAGUAGUAAUCCGAACAACAUAUUAUUGAAUGGUAGAUGUAAUAAAUAUAAUUAUAUUCAUUUAACACCAUUCCAAGAUAAGUUUCGUCGCAGAAUCUGCAAAUUGAAAGAUAUAUGUAUUAAAACAGACGAAUUUGAAUCUAUUCCUGUUGGAUGUUCUCACACACCUGCAUUUAUAAGUCAGUUUUGUUAUGAGCAUCAGCCAGCUGAAACACAACAAAUUCCGCCAUCCGUAGCCUUACCACGUGUUCGAAGCAAACAAACGAGCAGAGAAUUGGUAGAUGAGAAAAUCGAUCUUACCCGAAAUGUCAGCGAUAACGAUAGUGAUGCACAAAUGGAUAUUAAUGCUGAUGGGGAAAUGUUCGAUACAGAUGUUGGAAUCGGCGUGCGGCUAAGAUGGGAAUGUUAUGGAGAAAGUAUAGAAUUAAUGAUUCUGUUAUAG